AUGGCAUUGUCCCAGUCCUUCUUCUCCACCACGGAGCUGCUCCUGGCUGCCACCAUCUUCUGCAUAGUUUUCUGGGCGGUCACAGCCUCGAGGACCCAGGUCCCCAAAGGCCUAAAGAGUCCACCGGAGCCCGCACGUGGCCCUGGCGAGGCUGAGCCAGAAAUACACUUGGAGCAGCACGUGAGCGAGCAGGCUCGGCGGCUCGUCGGCGAGCUCCGGCGACAGGUGACCCUCCAGGGCCAUUUCGAGCCUGCCGGCCAGCUGGUGGGCUCGGUGGCCAGUGUCAUCGGCGCCAUGUGCUUCGGGAAGAACUUCCCCCACAGCAGCGAGGAGAUGCUGAGCAUCGUGGCCAGCGGCAGCGACUUCGUGGAGAGCGCGUCCUCGGGCAGCGCCGUGGACUUCUUCCCCGCGCUCCGCUACCUGCCCAACCCCGCCCUGGCGCGCUUCAAGAAGUUCAACGAGAAGUUCGUGCUCUUCCUGCAGAAGACGGUCCAGGAGCACUAUCGGGACUUCGACAGGAACAGUAUCCAGGACAUCACCGGUGCCCUGUUCAAGCACAGCGAGAAGAAUUCCGAAGACAACGGUGGCCUCAUCCCGCAAGAAAAAAUUAUCAAUAUUGUCAAUGACCUCUUUGGAGCCGGGUUUGAAACAGUCACAACAGCCCUCACCUGGAGCCUUAUGUUACUUGUGACAAAGCCUGAAGUGCAGAGGAAGAUCCAUCAGGAGCUGGACACGGUGAUUGGCUGGGAUCGGCAGCCUCGGCUCUUGGACAGAGUCCAGCUGCCCUACCUGGAGAGGACCUCCCUCAUUCACCUAGACUGCAACAGUUUUCAGCUAAUUGUACCUCAGCAGGUGUGGGGAGACCCAGGCACGUUCCGUCCAGAGAGGUUUCUUACCGGCGACAUCAGCAUCAACAAGGCUCUGAGUGAGAAGGUGAUGCUCUCCGGCAUGGGGAAGCGGCGGUGCCUCGGGGAGACCCCAGCCAAGUGGGAGGUGUUCCUCUUCCUGGCCAUCCUCCUGCACCAGCUGGAGUUCAGUGUGCCACCAGGCGAGAGCGUGGACCUGACCCCCUGCUACGGGCUGGUCAUGAAGCCUGCCCGCCGCGGGCGCCUCCGGGCACACCUGCGCUUCUCCGCGUGAAGAUGCCCCUCCGUGCCAAGGCAGGGGAGAGACACGCAUUGGGCCCUAGUCCUUGUUUCUUUCCUCUG